UACAGCCUUUAUCUCACGUGCUUCUUAAGUAGACUGUUUUACGGAGCGUGUUAAAUAUUAUUAGAAGCAAAAUAUUUAUUUAAUAAGGACAUUUUGAAGCUUAUCGAGCAACUAGGUAACAAGUUAGCUUAAAUUAACAACGCCAUGACUGGCUAGCUAACGUAUAGAGUUCUCUUUGCUAGGUGCUUUGCUAGCUACUGAACUAGCUGUGUUUUCAGUCUGUGUAGAAUACAACAGAAAUGAAGAGAGGGAACUGGAGAGGAAGGAGGAGCAGACGCCAUCAUCAUCAUCAUCAUCAUCAUCAUGAUGACUCUGACUGGAGUAUGAGGAAUCAUCCCACAGACACACCUGAGUCAUCUGACAGAAGUUCAGGAUCAGAUUCAGCUUCAUCCUCCACAUCUACAUCUACAUCCACAUCCAGUGCUUCUGCUCCAGAGUUACCCGGUUUUUACUUUGACCCCGAGAAGAACCGCUACUUCCGCCUGCUGCCCGGCCACAACAACUGCAAUCCUUUAACGAGGGAAAUGCUGGAGGAGAAGGAGCGUGAGAAGCAGAGGACGAAGCUGCUGGCCGAGGACGAGCGGGCGAGGAAGAAAGCUCCACGUAGAGGACUGAACUCUGCUCUGCUUCUGCAGAGGAGACGCCUGGGAGAACUGCCCCUGAGCUCCUACUGCAGGUUGAUCCAUGAGGUGAAGGUCAGCGAGAUGAAGCGGCACAAGCUGGAGCUCCAGAGCACCGACUCCAGCAGCCCGAACACGGACAACUUUCGCCUCAUCGUGGCGGACUCGGCGUGCGAGCGCGUCUUCACGGUGAACGACGUGUCACACGGCGGCUGCAAGUACGGCAUCAUAAACUUCUCCGGCUGCAGGAACGGCUCUCUGUCUGUAGAUAUGUGCGACAACCUGUACUUCACCAACCGCAAGGUGAACUCCGUGUGCUGGGCGUCCGUGACUCAUUCAGACUCCCACGUCCUCUUGUGCUUGGUGGGAAUUUCUCAGACCCCGGGCUGCGUCAGUUUACUGCCUGCGUCUCUCUUCAGUAACUCCAAUCCUGACCAGCCUGGGAUGCUUUGCAGCUUUAAGAUCUCUACAGCCUGGUCGUGUGCGUGGUGCCUGAACCCACAGGCUGAUAAAACCUUCAGUACUGGUCUUUCCCGGAGCGUCAUUGUAACCAACGUGGUGACGGGCCGACGCCAGACGUACAGCACAGGAAGUGACGUUCUGACCCAGCAGUUUGCUCUGAGAGCCCCGGUCCUGUUUAAUGGCUGCCGUUCAGGUGAGAUCUUCAGCAUUGACCUGAGGCAGCGAGGCCGUGGACGGGACCACAGCUGGAAGUCCUCCCGCUUCCACCAGGACUCGGCCGUCACCUCCGUACGUCUGCUGCAGGACGAGAACUACCUCCUCGCCGCGGACAUGCUGGGAAAGAUCAAGCUGUGGGACGUCCGCACGAGACGAGUGGUGAAGCAGUACGAAGGACAUAAUAACGAGUACGCCUACCUGCCUCUUCACCUGUGUGAGCAAGAGGGGCUGCUGCUCGCAGUGGGUCAGGACUGCUACACCCGUCUGUGGAGUCUUCAAGACGGCCAUCUCCUCAGGACCAUCCCCUCGCCUCAUCCUGCAGGAAAGGACUCCAUCCCUAAUGUGGUCUUCUCCUCACAGCUGGGUGGACGCAGAGGACUGCCCGGCCUCCUGAUGGCCGUCUGUCACGACCUCUAUUACUACCCUUACGGUGACUAUCAGAGCAGGAUGGCAUCUGAGCCACAAAGUUAAAGCUCUCCACACACACACACACACACACACACACACACACUGUGAGUUCUGUAGUGACGAUGCAUCACCUGCAUUCCUACGAGCGAUUGACAUCUGAACCUGAGCGAUGGACGAUUCCGUCAUGGAUUCGGUGUGACCUUUUAAUCUUUACAAUUACGUUUUAAAAUAACUUGAACUCAUGAACCGACUGGAAUUAUUUUCUGGAGGAAGCCGGACACUCAUGAAAAUCAUUUCAAAAUGUUUAUCCUUAAUAAACAAUAAACAAUGCAAAAAAAAUUUUUUUUUUUUAAAUUAGGUUUUCAAUUUAGUCACCUUUUGUUAAAGGAAUGGUGUUCAUUACUUGAGGAUUAUUUCCUGAUUCUCAAAUGCAUUGAAAUGAUGGGAAGAAAACUAUGCUCCUGACUGAUAUGGGACAACAUUAAAGAAAAAGAAAUCAAAUAUUAAAAAUGUAUUAAAAAGUA